UGUCUGUGUCCAGCAUGAGUAACAUCUAUGAGUCUGCAGAGGCGACCCUCGGCCUGUGCAACUCUUCCUGUCUGACCAAGGUUGAGCUGAGAGUGGCUUGUCGAGGGAUCUCAGACCGAGAUGCCCUUUCUAAACCAGACCCCUGUGUUGUACUCAAGAUGCAGUCACACGGGCAGUGGUUCGAGGUGGACCGGACAGAGGUGAUUCGUAGCAGUAUCAAUCCAGUGUUUUCCAAGGUGUUUCUGGUUGACUUCUACUUUGAGGAGGUUCAGCGUCUUCGCUAUGAGCUACAUGACAUCAGCUCCGCUCACAAUGGACUCAGAGACACAGACUUCCUCGGAGCUAUGGAGUGCACGUUGGGACAAAUCGUGUCCCAGAGGAAACUGUCCAAAGCGUUACUUAAACAGGGAAACACUACCAGCAAGUCCUCCAUCACAGUAACAUCAGAGGAGUUAUCGGGUAAUGAUGACUACGUAGAACUCUCCUUCAGCGCUCGCAAACUAGACGACAAGGAUUUCUUCAGUAAAUCAGAUCCGUUUUUGGAAAUCUUCAGAAUAAAUGAUGAUGGCAGCGGAUCACUAGUUCACAGAACUGAGACGGUGAUGAACGACCUCAGCCCGGUGUGGAAGUCAUUCAAGGUCUCUCUCAACACACUAUGUAGCGGAGACCAUGACCGCCAACUAAAGUGCACAGUGUAUGAUUGGGACUCCAAUGGGAAGCAUGACUUCAUUGGAGAGUUCCAGACCACCUAUAAGGAGAUACGCACAGACCUGGAAGGGAGACAGAUGCAAUGGGACUGUAUAAACCCUAAGUACCAGGUGAAGAAGAAACACUACAGAAACUCUGGUGUCGUCGUCCUCAACCACUGUAAGAUCAUCAAGAUGUAUUCUUUCCUGGAUUACAUCAUGGGAGGCUGUCAGAUCCAGUUCACAGUGGCCAUAGACUUUACAGCAUCAAACGGAGACCCCGGAAACAGCUGUUCUCUCCACUACAUCCAUCCGUACCAGCCCAAUGAGUACCUGAAAGCCCUGGUGGCUGUGGGAGAAAUAUGUCAAGACUACGACAGUGACAAGAUGUUUCCAGUUUUUGGGUUUGGAGCUCAGAUCCCACCUGACUUUAAGGUGUCACACGAUUUUGCCGUGAACUUUGAUGAAGACAAUCCGGAAUGUUCCGGUAUCCAGGGUGUGGUGGAAGCCUACCAGGCCUGUCUUCCUAAGAUCCAGCUGUACGGACCGACCAACAUUGCUCCCAUCAUACAGAAAGUUGCUUCUUCUGCCUCAGAGGAGAUGCACACCAUGGAAGCUAUGGAGUAUUUCAUCCUAUUGAUCCUAACAGAUGGAGUGAUAACAGACAUGGCUGACACUAGAGAAGCUAUAGUACAUGCUUCCCACCUACCCAUGUCUGUCAUCAUAGUAGGAGUGGGAAACGCUGACUUCAGUGACAUGCAGAUGCUGGAUGGAGACGAUGGAAUACUCAGGUCCCCAAAAGGAGAACCUGUUCUCAGAGACAUUGUCCAGUUUGUUCCCUUCAAAGACUUCAAACACGCGUCCCCGGCUGCGCUAGCUAAGAGUGUGCUAGCAGAGGUGCCCAAUCAGGUGGUGGAUUACUACAAUGCCAAAGGAAUCCAUCCCAAAUGUCUGUCUGACUACGACGAAUCUACCAGACCCUUCAGCCCCUGACCACACACAUACACACGUAUUCAUCACACACACAUUAAACACACACACAUAACCAUGUUAUAAACACAAACUAAUACAUACUCACCCAUACACACACACACACCCUGCAUACAGUAGUGCAGCUCAGAGAAGUAGUUUGGUGGGUUUAACUAUCAAUCAUUCAAAUGUGUUUAGAAAGGCCGGAACCUAGGAAGAAACCUAGAAAGGAAGCAGGCUAUGAGGGGUGGCCAGUCUUCUUCUGGCUGUGCCGGGUGGAGAUUAUAACGAUCAUUCAGAGUUUCUCUACUGCUCCUGCUGUCUCUAGAGAGUUGAAAACAGCAGGUCUGGGACAAGGUGGCACGUCUGGUGAACAGGUCAGGGUUCCAUAGCCGCAGGCAGAACAGUUGAAACUGGAGCAGCAGCACGACCAGUCGGACUGAGGACAGUAAGGAGUCAUCAGGCCAGGUAUUCCUGAGGCAGGAGAGUGAGAAGGAGAGGGAGAUGGAGAGAAGAGAGAUGAUUAGAGAGAGCAUACUUAAAUUCACACAGGACACCGGAUAAGGCAGGAGAAAUAUUCCAGAUAUAACAGACUGACCCUAGCCCCCUGACACAUAAACUAUUGCAGCAUAAAUAAUGGAGGCUGAGACAGGAGGGGUCAGGACACACUGUGGCCCCGUCUGACGAUACCCCCAGACAGGGCCAAACAGGCAGGAUAUAACACUUUGCCAAAGCACAGCCCCCACACCACAAGAGGGAUAUCUUCAACCACCAACAUACUAUCCUGAGACAAGGCCGAGUAUAGCCCACGAAGAUCUCCCCCACGGCACGAACCCAAGGGGGGGCACCAACCCGGACAGGAAGAUCACGUCAAUGACUAAACCCACUCAAGUGACGCACCCCUCCUAGGGACGGCAUGGAAAAGCACCAGUAAGUCAGUGACUCAGCCCCUGUAAUAGGGUUUGAGGCAGUGAAUCCCAGUGGAGAGCGGGAACCGGCCAGGUAGAGAGAGCAAGGGCGGUUCGUUGCUCCAGAGCCUUUCCGUUCAUCUUCACACUCCUGGGCCAGACUACCCUCAAUCAUAGGACCUACUGAAGAGAUGAGUCUUCAAUAAAGACUUAAAGGUUGAGACCGAGUCUGCGUCUCUCACAUGAGUAGGCAGACCAUUCCAUAAAAAUGUAGCUUUAUUGGGGAAAGCCCUGCCUCCAGCUGUUUGCUUAGAAAUUCUAGGGACAGUAAGGACGCCUGCGUCUUGUGUCGGUAUGUACGGCAGGACCAAAUCGGAAAGAUAGGUUGGAGCAAGCCCAUGUAAUGCUUUGUAGGUUAGCAGUGAAACCUUGAAAUAAGCCCUAGCCUUCACAGGAAGCCAGUGUAAAGAGGCUAGCACUGGAGUAAUAUGAUCACAUUUUUUGGUUCUAGUCAAGCUGUUGUGUUUAGCGCUAACUGAAGUUUAUUUAGUGGAAAGUAGAGCAUUGCUGUAGUCUAACCUAGAAAUGACAAAAGCAUGGACACAUUUUUCUGCAUCAUUUUUGGACAGAAAGUUUCAGAUUUUUGCAAUGUUGCGUAGAUGGAAAAAGCUGUCCUUGAAACAGUCUUGAUAUGUUCGUCAAAAGAGAGAUCAGGGUCCAAAGUAACGCCAAGGUUCUUCACAGUUUUAUUUGAGACGACUGUACAACCAUCAAGAUUAAUUGUCAUAUUCAACAGAAGAUCUCUUUGUUUCUUGGGACCUAGAACUAGCAUCUCUGUUUUGUCUGAGUUUAAAAGUAGAACAUUUGCCGCCAUCCACUUCCUUAUGUCUGAAACACAGGCUUCCAAGGGAGGGCAAUUUUGGGGCUUCACCAUGUUUCAUCGAAAUGUACAGCUGUGUGUCAUCCGCAUAGCAGUGAAAGUUAACAUUAUGUUUCCGAAUGACAUCACCAAGAGGUGAAAUAUAUAGUGAAAACAAUAGUGGUCCUAAAACGGAGCCUUGAGGAACACCGAAAUUUACAGUUGAUUUGUCAGAGGACAAACCAUCUACAGAGACAAACUGAUAUCUUUCCUACAGAUAAGAUCUAAACCAGGCCAGAACUUGUCCGUGUAGACCAUUUGGGUUUCCAAUCUCUACAAAAGAAUGUGGUGAUUGAUGGUAUCAAAAGCAGCACUAAGGUCUAGGAGCACAAGGACCGAUGAAGAGACUCGGUCUGAUGCCAUUAUAAGGUAAUUUACCACCUUUACAAGUGCAGUCUCAGUGCUAUGAUGGGGUCUAAAACCAAACUGAAGCGUUUCGUAUACAUUGUUUGUCUCCAGGAAGGCAGUGAGUUGCUGUGCAACAGCUUUUUCUUAAAUGUUUGAGAGGAAUGGGAGAUUCGAUAUAGGCCAAUAGUUUUUAAAAUAUUUUCUUGGUCAAGGUUAGGCUUUUUCAGGAGAGGCUUUAUUACUGCCACCUUUAGUGAGUUUGGUACACAUCCGGUGGAUAGAGAGUCGUAGGAGUAGUUUAGUUGGAAUAGGUUCCAGUAUGCAGCUUGAAGGUUUAGGGGCCAUGAUUAUUUUCAUCAAUGUGUCAAGAGAUAUAGCAUUAAAAGACUUGUGUGUCUCACAUGAUCCUAGGUCUUGGCAGUGUUGUGCAGACUCAGGACAACUGAGCUUUGGAAGAAUAGGCAGAUCUAAAGAGGAGCCCGUAGUUUGCUUUCUAAUGAUCAUGAUCUUUUCGUCAAAGAAGUUCAUGAAUUUAUCACUGCUGAAGUGAAAGUCAUCCUCUCUUGAGGAAUGCUGCUUUUUAGUUAACUUCGCAACAGUAUCUUAUUUUCCUCAAUUAACUUGGAAAAAUAGGAUGAUGGAGCAGCAGUGAGGGCUCAUCGAUACUGCACGGUACUGUCUUUCCAAGCUAGUCGGAAGACUUCCAGUUUGGUGUAGCAGCAGUGAGGGCUCAUCGAUACUGCAGGGUACUGUCUUUCCAAGCUAGUCGGAAGACUUCCAGUUUGGUGUAGCAGCAGUGAGGGCUCAUCGAUACUGCACGGUACUGUCU